AUGUCGACUAGCCAGAAACUCAAGGUUAUUGUCGUGGGUGCUGGCUUUGGUGGGCUAGGAGCAGCCAUUGAACUGGCAGAUCGUGGCUACGACGUCACUGUUCUCGAGAAGUACGCUGACUCAAACAGUCAGGGAGACAUCCUCGACUUCUUCCCCAAUGCUGGCUGCAUCAUCCAUCGCUGGGACGAUGGUAAGGUCGGCCAACAGAUUCAUGAUAGCGGAUGCAGUCUUAUCCGAGACAUGGAACUUUGUAAGUAUGAUGGUAAGUUCAUAACCAACGUUCCUUGGGCUAGAGAUAGCUUUGAACACAACAUAACCUACGCUGGCCACCGGGGCAAGGUCCACUCCAUAAUCCUCAACUAUGCCAAAUCUCUUGUUGAGGACAUCAGGAUCGGCGUCGCCGUUACAGACUAUCUCGAGGAGGAAAGUAAAGCCGGCGUAUUGCUCUCUACCGGCGAGACGCUCUGGGCUGAUUGUGUCAUUGCCGCCGAUGGUCCACGAUCUAUCGCUCGGGAAAAGGUACUCAAACUUCUUGACGAAGCCAACGAUGGCAAAAGCAGUGGCUGGGCCGUGUUUAGAAGCUUCUUCAAGACCGAUGAGACGAUGCUCAACCAUCCUGGGCUGAAAGAUUUGUACCACAAGGACAGAGAUACUGUACGAUUUUGGAUGUACGACAACUUGAGCCUGAUGGCUUUUGUUUGGAAUCAGGGCAAGGACAUUGCCUGGGUGUUGAUCCAUCCUGAUGACAAAGAGUCGAGUGAAUCCUGGUCAAACGUCGCCGAGAUUGAGCAUGUGGCUAAAUGGAUGAAGUACUUCCCAUCCAAGGACGCCCAGGCUCUAUUUGAGGUAACGCCUGUUGGAAAGACGAUUGAUUUCAAGCUCGUAUACCGACCGACGAUAGACAAUUGGGUAAGCGAAGGGGGUCGAACCAUCCUCAUUGGAGACGCAGCGCACGCAAACCUACCCACUGCUGGCCAAGGAGCCUCUCAGGCGUUGGAAGACGCGGUAACUGUAGCUCAAUGCUUGGAGAUGUCUAACGGAGACGUCAAGUUGGGUUUGGAAGCGGCGCAGAGGAUCCGUUAUCAUCGAUCUAAUGCCGUUCACAAAAGCGGUCAGACCAACAGAGACGCCUUCUACAAAAUUCCCUGGGAUGAAAUUGAGGCAGCACCUGAGGAGUGGGCCAAGAAGAGGUUUCCCAAGCUCAAGCCGUGGGAUCCUCUGCAGUUCGCCAAGGAACAGUUCCCCAAGGUGGCUAAGGAUAUCAAGGAAAACGUCAAUGGACAUCUGAAUGAUGUGGCUGUCCCUGUUCCUGCGGGUGGAUAUUGGUGA